GGCGCCGCGGAGGGCUGUAUCCCAGAGAUCACACUUCCAUGGCACCGCCUCCUACAAGGAGUGACGUCAGGUCAGAGCUCCCCGAACACGUCCGGAGGUCCCCAAACCCCGGCGCUCCAGCCGCCUCAGGCCCGGGCCGUCCAACUUCUCAGCGACGGACCGGCCACCGGCGACAGCGCGACCAUACCCUCCGGCUGUUUGCUCGCUAUGCCUCUACCGCGGGGUGACGUCACCGCCCUGUUCCUGGGGCCCCCGGGCGCGGGGAAGUCGGCGCUGGUUGCCGCGCUGUGCAACAAGGACGUGGAGGUGGUGGAGAUCCCCGACGGGCGGCCAGACCCCGCACUCCCCAGCCUGCGAGCUGCGGGCCCAGGCCUCUUCCUGGGUGAGCUGAGUUGCCCACCCGCUGCGCCCGGGCCCUGGGCAGCGGAGGCGAACGUGUUGGUCUUGGUGCUGCCCAGCCCGGAGGGGAACGACGAGCCCUUGGCCCCAGCGCUGGGGGAGGCAGCGCGGGCCGCACUGGCCCGAGGAACCCCGCUGCUGGCUGUGCGGAACCUCCGACCCGGGGAUCCACAGAAUGAAGCCCAGGCCCGCGAUCAGACAGCGGCCCUCCUGGACAGCGCUGGGUUGGGAGCUGUGCCUGUCUAUGUGCUGCAGGCGGACUGCGACGGCUGCGAGGAGCUGGAGCGCCUGCGGGCGGCGCUGCGGAGCCAGGCGGAGGCACUGCAGAGGCUCCUGCCACCGGCUCAGGAUGGCUUCGAGGUGCUGGGAGCAGCUGAGCUAGAGGCUGUACGAGAGGCCUUCGAAAAGGGUGGCCUGGAGGCGGCGCUCUCCUGGGUUCGUGCUGGCCUGGAGCGACUGGGUAGCGCCCGGCUGGACCUGGCCAUAGCCGGCACUGCUGACACGGGCUUUGUGCUGGACAUGCUGCUUGGGCUGGACACCGGGGACCCAGGUGCUGUGCCUGCUUCGGCGCCCACUGGGCCCACACCCUACCCGGCCCCGGAGCGCCCCAAUGUGGUGCUCUGGACCAUCCCUCUGGGCUCCGCGACUACUGCUGCCGCCCCCCACCCAACCCACUACGACGCCCUCAUCCUGGUCACCCCUGGAGCCCCCACUGAGGAGGAUUGGGCCCAAGUCCGGCCCUUGGUGCUACCGGAUGCCCCGUUGGUCUGUGUGCGAAUAGACGGUGAGGGCGAGGAUCCAGAGCCUCUGGAAGAAGAGGAAAAAGCAGAGAAGCCCAGCAGGGAGAGCUUAGAGGACGCAGAAGGAGGGGGGUUGGAGGAGGCACGCAGCGAGGGACGGGACAAACGUGGCGCUGGGUCGCAGCAGGCUGGCGUCAACGCGAAGCAAUCGGGCAGGGGGGACUCUGAGCGCGCGGCUGCCUGGAGCCCUGAGGACGAGACGUGGGAGGUGCUGGAGGAGGCGCUGCCGCCAGUGUUCCCCUUGCAGAGGGGCGGACUCCCUGGGCUCUGGGUGUGCACCCAGAAGAGUGCUUGA